AUGCAUUACUGCACUACAACCUUAAUCAACAUCAUCCAGCGCUCAUCACAACUAACAAUGAGCAACAAUAAGGACAACCUGGACAAUCAGGACAACCAGGAACGCAAAAAAUUCUAUCUUGAUCGUGCCGGUAAGCGUGCGGAGGUGAAUAUUGAGCAUUUACGCAAGCCACAUACUUUCGAGCCCGUCAAACGUUCAGUAGGCGAGAAUUUGUCUUCUCCUUUAACUUUAGGAGGUGAUCAUAGACCAACGGCAGAUUUAAAGGGGAAAGAACCGUUCAAAAAGAAGGAAACCUGA